GAGAAAGGUUAAGAUUCUUUCCCAUCCUAAUUGUUGUGAGUGGAGAAUAUGAACAGAAGGGUCAUAUAAGCGUUCACGGUGAGAUUAGUCAAAAAAGAGAACAAAGAAUCUGAUGACUCAAUUGAGAAUCUGGUGGUGACAAACCCACUUUAAUCGACGCCCGCCUCCCUUUGGUUCUCCUGUAUGUCCAAAGAAAACCAAGAAACAGAGUCUUCUUUCUUUAAACCAUCCUCCUCCUCUUCCUAAAACUGAAUAGCAAAUCAUCCAUGGCAGCCACCGUCAAUCUUUCAUCAACUCCCUCCAACCCCAUCUCUAAACUCCCUUCUUUUUCUCUGAACUCGCCUCAAAAAACCUCCUUUUCUCUCUUUCCAAACUCCUCUUCUUUCCCUUGCAAACCCUUUUCCCAUUCCCUUAAAUCUCAGUUUAUCACCACCUCCUCUAAAAACCCCAUCUCUGACUUGUUUCCUCCAAACAAAAGUGGCCCAGAAGGCGAUAUUGUCUCUUCUUUUAGUGAUGAUGACGAUAAGCCCCGUGAAGAGUGCGGUGUUGUGGGUAUUUUUGGUGACCCUGAAGCGUCUCGUCUCUGCUAUUUGGCUCUCCAUGCGCUUCAGCAUCGCGGACAAGAAGGCGCUGGUAUUGUAGCUGUGAACAAUAAUGUUCUUCAGACAGUUACUGGGGUUGGUUUAGUAUCUGAGGUGUUUAAUGAGUCUAAGCUCGACCAAUUACCCGGUGAAAUGGCAAUUGGACAUGUUAGAUAUUCAACUGCCGGUUCCUCCAUGUUAAAAAAUGUGCAGCCUUUUGUUGCUGGAUACCGGUUUGGGUCUGUUGGGGUUGCACACAAUGGGAACUUGGUGAACUACAGAGCUCUGAGGGCUAUGCUUGAAGAUAAUGGUUCAAUUUUCAAUACUAGUUCUGAUACUGAGGUGCUGCUUCAUUUGAUCGCUAUAUCAAAGGCGAGGCCUUUCCUUUUGAGGAUUGUUGAUGCUUGUGAGAAGCUUGAAGGGGCAUAUUCAAUGGUGUUUGUGACUGGGGACAAGCUUGUUGCGGUGCGGGACCCAUAUGGAUUCAGGCCUUUGGUAAUGGGAAGGAGGAGUAAUGGUGCUGUUGUGUUUGCCUCUGAGACUUGUGCUCUUGAUUUGAUUGAGGCGACGUAUGAGAGAGAGGUCUACCCUGGUGAAGUACUGGUGGUGGAUAAAAAAGAUGGGGUUCAAUCACUGUGCUUGAUGCCCCACCCUGAACCAAAGCAAUGCAUUUUCGAGCAUAUCUAUUUUGCACUUCCUAAUUCCCUUGUUUUUGGACGGUCUGUUUAUGAAUCAAGACGUGUUUUCGGGGAAAUACUUGCGACCGAGGCUCCCGUAGACUGCGAUGUCGUGAUUGCAGUGCCGGAUUCAGGGGUGGUGGCUGCUCUUGGUUAUGCAGCCAAAGCAGGGGUACCGUUUCAGCAAGGACUCAUCAGGUCUCACUAUGUUGGAAGAACUUUCAUCGAGCCUUCGCAGAAGAUUAGGGACUUUGGCGUUAAGCUCAAGCUUUCGCCGGUUCGUGCCGUCCUGGAAGGUAAGAGGGUGGUGGUCGUGGACGACUCGAUCGUUAGAGGAACCACAUCUUCGAAAAUUGUUAGGUUAAUAAAGGAAGCAGGGGCCAAGGAAAUUCAUAUGAGGAUUGCAAGCCCACCAAUUAUAGGUUCUUGCUAUUAUGGAGUGGACACACCAAGCGCCGAAGAGUUGAUAUCUAAUAGAAUGAGUGUGGAGGAGAUUAGAAAGUUCAUUGGAUGUGAUUCUCUUGCAUUUCUGCCAUUUGAUAGCCUGAAGAAGAUGUUAUCUACUGAUUCUCCAAAGUUUUGCUAUGCUUGCUUCUCAGGGAAGUACCCUGUUAUGCCAAGGGAGGUUAAAGUGAAAGGGGUUGGUGAUUCCAUGGAUGACGGAUUGAAUACACCUUUAGCUUCCAUUGAUGGUCAUUGGAUUAAAGGACCGCCGAAUUUUGACCUUGAGAAAGAGAUUGAUCCGCUGUAUCAAGAGAGCAAGAUUUAGAUGUUUCAAGCAUUGGUAUGGUGAUUGGUUAUUGAUACAAAUAUCUUGUUGAUCUGAUCAUAGUUUUUUUUUUUUCUUUUUACUUCAAGUUAGGGUUCUACAUUCUAAAGCUUAUACAAUUCUGUCCCAUUGUUGCCUUGAGCAAAUUAUAUAACCAGCAGUAUAUGGGUAUGUUUUGUUUACAAUGGGCAACCAGAUGACGUUUGGAUCCAUGUCAUAUAUUGUAAUGGCUAACAAAGGAUUUCAUUUCUUAAUAGACUUGUUGAAUUUGUCCAUUUAUAA